AUGGAGCUAGAUCGUAGACGAGUACAGACUGUGAAGCUCACUUUGACCAUCGUCGCCUCCAAUUUUAUUCUUUGGGCGCCGCUCUGCAUCACUUCCGUCAUCGAUGCCCUCUGGCCCGCUGUUAUCAGUAUGUUUGCUUUUGUACGUUCUGAAGGAAACCAUUCAACGCUUAUCGAACUACACUGA